AUGGCCGGAGGAGACCCCGCGCAGCGCUGCCAACGCCCCGGCGGAGAGGCUGAGGUGAGUGCGGGGCCCGAGGCUCCCAGCGAGAACGGUUCCCCCGCCGUCCGGUCCCCCCGCGCGGUCCCCAGCCCUCCUCGGUCCUCGAGGGCGCCGGGUCUCUGGGGCCCGGGGGGUCAGGGGUCGCAGAGCGCGGGGCAGCGCCGGGCUCGCGUGCGCCCGCGGGCUCGCGGGGUCCGGGUUCUGCGGGAACUGAGGGGAGGGGUCGCGGCGGGGCGCUCGCCCGCGGGAGGUGCGCGGCCGGGCCCGGGGUGCCGGGCUGCGGGCACGGCCGGACCGGCUGUCACCGGCAGCGGCGGAAGGAAGGGGUCACACCCAUCCAGCCGCCGGCUCCCCUCCCCCUCCGGUCGGCCCGCGGGCUCCCGAGGUCCAGCGGGCGGGACGCCGGGGCUCGGGGCCGCAGGGCCGCUCGCGGGCGCUCGGGCGGGCCGGGGCCGGUCCCGGAGCUCUGAGGCCGGGCUCGCCCGCCGCGCCCGGCGUGGACUUCCUGCUUCGCGGGGCGCCGCCGCGGACAUUUUGCGGCGGGCGGGGGAGGGGAGCGGAAUUGCGACCGCGGCGGGGAAGUGGCGGCGGGGAGGGUCGCCGGGCGCUUCGCUGGGCGGGGCGGUCUCAGCCGUCGCCCCGGGGCCGCCGACCCCCGCCUGGGCUGGAGUUCCUGAUGUUUCCGUUCGCUUCUCCGCCUCCCCGCCGCCCGGCGGCCCAAGCCUCGCUUUCGGGAGUUACCUAACCACCUCCCGCAGCCCUCGCCGGCCGCCGGCCCGACUCCCCUUUCCAGGGGGAGAGCUUCUUUGUUCCUUCUCCCCCUCCCCUCCAAGCCCGGAGGAGCGCGGUGCGCAGGUGACGUCACCGCAGAGUACGGGGAUCUCCCUAAAUUGCUGAUACUGGUUCAGGCUUGUGAUCCUUCUGCCUCAGCCUCC